AUGGGCGAUGUAGUUCAGGAGGCGCUGCGGGAAGGGACACGUCUAAAGAGUUCUGGUACGGGAUCCCCUCCAGCGAUGGUGGGUUCCACCAGCAUGGGCCGUCGCCUUCGUCCCGCGUGGCCCCUGGCCGUUGUGCUCUUGGCGUCGGUCCCGCCCCGUACCUGGGGGUGUAUGAUCUGUGACCCCGCAGUCGUGGCUGGACUGCGAGACUUGGAACAUAGCUACUUGCCCAGUCACUUGAACUUGGACGCCCAAGCUCUGCAGGCCCUAGUGAAGCGCCUGGAGGAGACUGUGCGCCAGUUCAGCGAUCUGCCCUAUGAGAAGAACUCUUACCAGGGCGUCGUGGACGAGCCCACGCUGAAUAAAGCUUCCAGUGCCUUCCUGAAGGAGCUGACCCGAAUCAAAGAAAGCGACCUCAAAGGCAACUUCCUCUUGAAGGAGCUCAACUGGAUGAUGCAUAUGCAGAAGAAGAAUUUCGCGCGCCUGGUUGCUGAGUUCCAGAGGGAAAGUUUUUGCCCCAACAAAUGCGGCACCAUGAUGCAGACCCUGAUCUGGUGCCUUGGCUGCGAGAAGGAUGUGCAUACUUGUCGGAAGUCUUAUACCUGCGGGGAACAAGCCGUGCAGUUGACGGAGAAAGAGGACCUGAUCUUAGACUGUGAGCUGAGUUGGCAUAAGAAAGCGGAAGGGCUCACGACGUAUAGCUUCUACAAGGUACUUAAUCCCGACCCCCGGGGGAGCCCGCUGAGCCCGGGAGCGGAUUCAGGGGACACCC